AUGAAUAAAAGACCUUCGUUUGUAAACUUUCCUAUACCAUUUGAUCAUCCAUACACGAUUCCAACACUUGUGGCAACGGUGGGAGCUUCUGCUUUACUCUAUUAUUCUUUACAAGCGUCUCACAAGGCCGAUUUGAAGGAAGCCAUUCGACAACAAGUGGUACAAAAAAGACGUCAUUUGAAGCGAAAGGAAGAUAAAUUCGCCAGUUUGAAAAUUGAACAUCAAUUCGUGAAUCCUUUCAAGGAAUGGAAACAAACGCAUUCGGUUAUGGAGUCUGUUCUAUUCUGGUUGGGUUUGUAUAAUAAUCACCAAGUACCCACAUCCGAAAAGGAGUUAAGAGAGGCUUUACCUGUUAUUCAACCUCGUUGGGAUUUAAUCAAGAGUGUCAAUACAUUUACUUGGUUGGGUCAGUCAACCUGUCUCUUUUCGUUAGAAGGCUUAAGGAUAUUAACAGAUCCAGUGUUUGAUCAUGAGAAAAGGCUUCGUCCGUCUCCCUGUCAGGUCAAUGACCUUAAAUCCAUGCUGGAUAUCGUCCUUGUCUCUCAUCAGCAUUUUGACCAUUUAGAUGAAAGGGUUGUGAUACAACUUGGAAAUGAUGUGACUUGGUAUAUACCUUUAGGACUUCGUGAGUGGUUUGUGGAAAGAGGAAUUGAAAAUGUCAUUGAACUGGAUUGGUGGCAAGAGAUUCAUCACAAGGGAAGACCUGAUAUUUUAAUUGCCUGUGUCCCAUCCAUGCAUACAAGUGAGUCUAGCACGUUUCACAAGGAUGAAUCACUCUGUGGAGAUACAGGGUAUGUGAGUGAAUUAUUUCAGACAAUCCGAGAUUUAUAUGCGCCUUUUACAUUGGCAGCUAUUCCUAUUGGAACAUUUGAACCCGCCUCACUUUUCAACUCACUGUACAUGACACCUUCCGAAUCGGUACAAGCGCAUGCCGAUUUAGGCAACCCUACAUUGUCUGUGGGUAUUCAUUGGGGUACAUUUAUGACCUCGAGUGAACCUUAUUUAUCGCCCUCUCAACAAUUAAAUGAGGAAUCAACAAGUCGAUUUAUUACAAGUUCAUUUGGCGAAACACUUUUGAUUUAA